AUGAAUCAAUGCAGGCUACAGUACAGGGGGGUCCCAGGUGCCCAGGCGGGACACAGGGGCUCAGAGGAGAGUCAGGGGGGACACAGGGGCUCAGAGGAGAGUCAGGGGGGACACAGGGGCUCAGAGGAGAGUCAGGGGGGACACAGGGCUCAGAGGAGAGUCAGGGGGGGACACAGGGCUCAGAGGAGAGUCAGGGGGGACACAGGGGCUCAGAGGAGAGUCAGGGGGGACACAGGGGCUCAGAGGAGAGUCAGGGGGGACACAGGGGCUCAGAGGAGAGUCGGGGGGGACACAGGGGCUCAGAGGAGAGUCAGGGGGGACACAGGGGCUCAGAGGAGAGUCAGGGGGGACACAGGGGCUAAGAGGAGAGUCAGGGGGGACACAGGGGCUCAGAGGAGAGUCGGGGGGGACACAGGGGCUCAGAGGAGAGUCAGGGGGGACACAGGGGCUAAGAGGAGAGUCAGGGGGGACACAGGGCUCAGAGGAGAGUCAGGGGGGACACAGGGGCAGGGCACAGACAGUAGAGCUCUCUUUGGUCCACAUACAUACAGUGGGGAAAAAAAGUAUUUAGUCAGCCACCAAUUGUGCAAGUUCUCCCACUUAAAAAGAUGAGAGAGGCCUGUAAUUUUCAUCAUAGGUACACGUCAACUAUGACAGACAAAAUGAGAAGAAAAAAAAUCCAGAAAAUCACAUUGUAGGAUUUUUUAUGAAUGUAUUUGCAAAUUAUGGUGGAAAAUAAGUAUUUGGUCACAUACAAACAAAAUUGAGUUGAUGCCAAAGAGCUCGAUUUUGGUCUCAUCUGACCACAACACUUUCACCCAGUUCUCCUCUGAAUCAUUCAGAUGUUCAUUGGCAAACUUCAGACGGGCCUGUAUAUGUGCUUUCUUGAGCAGGGGGACCAUGCGGGCGCUGCAGGAUUUCAGUCCUUCACGGCGUAGUGUGUUACCAAUUGUUUUCUUGGUGACUAUGGUCCCAGCUGCCUUGAGAUCAUUGACAAGAUCCUCCCGUGUAGUUCUGGGCUGAUUCCUUGCCGUUCUCAUGAUCAUUGCAACUCCACGAGGUGAGAUCUUGCAUGGAGCCCCAGGCCGAGGGAGAUUGACAGUUAUUUUGUGUUUCUUCCAUUUGCGAAUAAUCGCACCAACUGUUGUCACCUUCUCACCAAGCUGCUUGGCGAUGGUCUUGUAGCCCAUUCCAGCCUUGUGUAGGUCUACAAUCUUGUCCCUGACAUCCUUGGAGAGCUCUUUGGUCUUGGCCAUGGUGGAGAGUUUGGAAUCUGAUUGAUUGAUUGCUUCUGUGGACAGGUGUCUUUUAAACAGGUAACAAGCUGAGAUUAGGAGCACUCCCUUUAAGAGUGUGCUCCUAAUCUCAGCUCGUUACCUGUAUAAAAGACACCUGGGAGCAAGAAAUCUUUCUGAUUGAGAGGGGGUCUAAUACUUAUUUCCCUCAUUAAAAUGCAAAUCAAUUUAUAACAUUUUUGACAUGCGUUUUUCUGGAUUUUUGUUGUUGUUAUUCUGUCUCUCACUGUUCAAAUAAACCUACCAUUAAAAUGAUAGACUGAUAAUUUCUUUGUCAGUGUGCAAAUGGACAUAAUCAGCAGGGGAUCAAAUACUUUUUUCCCCUCACUGUAUUCCCUAUUUACUGCACUAUUUUUGACUAGGGCCCAUUUGGCUCUGGUCGAAAGUAGUGCACUAAAUAGGGAAUAUUGUGUCAUUUGGGACACAUAACCUACAUCCAGCCCCCCAGAAGAGGUAUGGCCCCUCACACCUGUCUGGACUAUUCUAUAAAAUGACAUUCACCACCAAGCUAAACUACCCUCUGUAGUCUCUGUAUCAGGGAGACAAGUUGCUAGCCUGGUCCCACAUCUGUUUGUGACAACUUGUCAGUCUUGACAACGACCAUUGGAGUCAAGACAGCAAAGAGAUCUGGGACCAGACUAAGACACAGCUAUUCUGUUCGCUGCUAACCUUGGUAUGACGACAUCACACCAUAGGCUGCCAGUGGAACAUUCAUGGAAAGGUUGGAUGCAUGUAUCUGUAGGUUUAAUCUGCCGAAAGCCAAUCAGGCUCCAGAUAAGAGAUAAGACACCCAGCUCACCUGACUCACUGGAUUAUUAAUACGACUCUGACAUUGAACACACAGAACCUAAAGGCUACACCUCACAACAACAGAACCUCUCCAAAUCAGGAAGUAGGCCUACUGCAUCAAACAGAACAAUACGUUUCUCUUUGAUGCUGCUACGGCUGACAUACCAGUUUUACAACCCAGAGGCAAAGACAUUAGAAUAAUAGAAUCAAAUGGAUUCCAAAGAGCAGCAAAUACAGACUAAUAGAAUCAAAUGGAUUCCAAAGAGCAGCAAAGACAGACUAAUAGAAUCAAAUGGAUUCCAAAGAGCAGCAAAUACAGACUAAUAGAAUCAAAUGGAUUCCAAAGAGCAGCAAAUACAGACUAAUAGAAUCAAAUGGAUUCCAAAGAGCAGCAAAGACAGACUAAUAGAAUCAAAAGGAUUACAAAGAGCAGCUAGACAAUAAUACACUUGUUAUUGCCACAGUAUCAGUUCUAGGACUUGUGAGCCAAUAUAGGAAAAGUAGGCCCUAGGCUUAAACCUCUAAUGUUAAAGGACCCGUACUAUGCCAGUCCUUCAGUAAGCAGGCUAAUCACAAUGUAUCAAUGUACACCAGCCAAAACCUGUUGGUGGGAAGGUGGGUACUGGUGGGUAUUAAGUUGACAAAUAGGUGCCCCAUUUAAACUCCAAACUCAGUCAGCAGCAGCAAUGUAUUUUGGAAGCUGGUGUGGAAGCUGGGAUGGAAGCUGGGAUGGAAGCUGGGAUGGAAGCUGGGAUGGAAGCUGGGAUGGAAGCUGGGAUGGAAGCUGGGAUGGAAGCUGGCAUAAUUGGCAGCUACGCCCCACUAACUAAUAGAUUGUCUGAAAAACAGUCGAUCAGAAUGUAAUCCAUAGGAAGAACAGAGAGGAAUAUGAAACAUAGGUAAGUAAGGGCUUACAGCAGAGUAUAAAACAAGCAGGUAGGUAGGUAAAUAGGUAGGUAGGGAGGUAGGGAGGUAGGUAGGGAGGGAGGGAGGGAGGUAGGUUAGGACUUUCAGCAGAGUAUGAAACAAGCGGGUUAGUAGGUAGACUAGGCCUUUCAGCAGAGUAUAAAACAAAGCAAAAUACUGGUGGUUGGUAAGUGGGAAGGUGGGUACUGUAAGCCAGCAGUAUUGGGAACAUUUAGUCAAGCCAGCAGUAUUGGGAACAUUUAGUCAAGCCAGCAGUAUUGGGAACAGAUAGUCAAGUCAGCAGUAUUGGGAACAGAUAGUAAAGUCAGCAGUAUUUGGAACAUACACUGAGUGUACAAAUCAUUAGGAACACCUUCCUAAUAGUAAGCAUGGUCGAAUUACAGACCGAGGUGGGGCCCAUUGAUCAUCAGUUAUCAUAUAAAAAACUGCAAACAUUUGCUUCCUAUGGCAAAAUGUGUCGAGUUGCAGGAAACUACCUUUAAAACGGAUCAUUUUUCUCUCCAUCCCAUAGCAAAAUUAGUAAAUUGCAUGAAUUGAGUUAUAAAAUAGCAAAAUCUUCUCUCCACCCCAUCACAAAAUGUGUACAAUUGCUUUCAAACUGCAACAUUUUCUCUACACCCCAUGGUAAAAUAUGCAAAAUUGUAGGAAGUUGACCCCCCCCCCCCCCCCAAAAAAAAAAAAAAAAUGGUGGGCACCCGCGAAAAUGCGGUACGCCACUGGGCGUAGCUACAGAGUACAAAGGCCACUGCCAAGGUUAAGAGCCCCGCACUAAUGAGAGAAAUGCCACUAGCGUACUGCCUGGCUUGCUGUCUGCUAGUAUACUGGGCUGUAGCGACUAGCGCCAUACUACACAUUUAGGUUCUUCUUAGGCCUCGAUCCGACAUAUUUUAGUGGAGAAGAGGCCCUACCUCAUACAGCCUUCUCCUUCCAAGGCUGGGCCACAUUAUAAAUAUGCGUCUUAUUUAAGAGUCCUUACUGACAGGCUCUGAAUAACCCAGGGAGGAGUCUAGCCUAUAUAAACAUAGUGCAGCCGCCCGGCCCGGCCAGUUCAAGGCAGCCAGCGCUGCCCACUAUACCCUCAGCCCUACCCUCCCUGCCCCCCUCCCUACCCUACCCUCACUGCCCCGCUCCCUACCCUACCCUCCCUACCCUCCCUACCCUACCCUCCCUGCCCCGCUCCCUACCCUACCUACCCUCCCUGCCCCCCUCCCUACCCUACCCUCCCUGCCACCCCCCCCUCUUUUCACUGGCAUCUCCAACCAGUCCAGCCCAGAACAUCCUGCCAGCAGCGGGGUCACAUGAUUCUCGGGAUGGAGGGGAAGUCAUCACAGCGGAUUGGAUUGUGGCUUUGCUCUGUGACUGUGCAACAGUUAUAUCACUUUGCCCCUUUCUUUCCUGCCAGGGAGUUCCAGGUCGAUGAGGAGAACGCGUCGCAGCACAGGUCAGGUUUUAUGGUGGUUUCUCUGUGGCUGUGGCAACAACAGUGACAUCACCUUGACCCAGACUUCUCGGUUGGAUUUGCAUCACCAUGAAGGCAUGUGAAACUCUGGGGAGCGGCGGAGACAGCAAAGCCACAAGUCUGCACUAAAUUUACGACAUUAAAAGGACUAAUGCCAGAGGGCGAAAGAUGAACACGGCCUGACAAAAUAUUAUAAAUAGACACCGACAGCGUCUGUCGAUUCGCAUUCUGCUACUACAGUCGUGGUCAAAAGUUUUGAGAAUGACACAAAUAUUAAUUUUCACAAAGUCUGCUGCCUCAGUUUUUAUGAUGGCAAUUUGCAUAUACUCCAGAAUGUUAUGAAGAGUGAUCAGAUGAAUUGCAAUUAAUUGCAAAGUCCCUCUUUGCCAUGAAAAGGAACUUAAUCCCAAAAAAACAUUUCCACUGCAUUUCAGCCCUGCCACAAAAGGACCAGCUGACAUCAUGUCAGUGAUUCUCUCGUUAACACAGGCGAGAGUGUUGACGAGGACAAGGCCGGAGAUCACUCUGUCAUGCUGAUUGAGUUAGAAUAACAGACUGGAAGCUUUAAAAGGAGGGUGGUGCUUGAAAUCAUUGUUCUUCCUCUGUUAACCAUGGUUACCUGCAAGGAAACACGUGCGGUCAUCAUUGCUUUGCACAAAAAGGGCUUCACAGGCAAGGAUAUUGCUGCUAGUAAGAUUGCACCUAAAUCAACCAUUUAUCGGAUCAUCAAGAACUUCAAGGAGAGAGGUUCAAUUGUUGUGAAGAAGGCUUCAGGGCGCCCAAGAAAGUCCAGCAAGUGCCAGGACCGUCUCCUAAAGUUGAUUCAGCUGCGGGAUCGGGGCACCACCAGUGCAGAGUUUGCUCAGGAAUGGCAGCAGGCAGGUGUGAGUGCAUCUGCACGCACAGUGAGGCAAAGACUUUUGGAGGAUGGCCUGGUGUCAAGAAGGGCAGCGAGGAAGCCACUUCUCUCCAGGAAAAACAUCAGGGACAGACUGAUAUUCUGCAAAAGGUACAGGGAUUGGACUGCUGAGGACUGGGGUAAAGUCAUUUUCUCUGAUGAAUCCCCUUUCCGAUUGUUUGGGGCAUCCGGAAAAAAGCUUGUCUGGAGAAGACAAGGUGAGCGCUACCAUCAGUCCUGUGUCAUGCCAACAGUAAAGCAUCCUGAGACCAUUCAUGUGUGGGGUUGCUUCUCAGCCAAGGGAGUGGGCUCACUCACAAUUUUUCCUAAGAACACAGGCAUGAAUAAAGAAUGGUACCAACACAUCCUCCGAGAGCAACUUCUCCCAACCAUCCAAGAUCAGUUUGGUGACAAACAAUACCUUUUCCAGCAUGAUGGAGCACCUUGCCACCGAAAUUUUGGGUCCAUGGCCAGGAAACUCCCCAGACCUUAAUCCCAUUGAGAACUUGUAGUCAAUCCUCAAGAGGUGGGUGGACAAACAAAAACCCACAAAUUCUGACAAACUCCAAUCAUUGAUUAUGCAAGAAUGGGCUGCCAUCAGUUAGGAUGUGGCCCAGAAGUUAAUUGACAGCAUGCCAGGGCGGAUUGCAGAGGUCUUGAAAAAGAAGGGUCAACACUGCAAAUAUUGACUCUUUGCAUAAACGUAAUGUAAUUGUCAAUAAAAGCCUUUGACACUUAUGGAAUGCUUGUAAUUAUACUUCAGUAUACCAUAGUAACAUCUGACAAAAAUAUCUAAAAACACUGAAGCAGCAAACUUUGUGAAGACCAAUACUAUACUAUAGAUACAUACAUUCUACUUAUAGAACUGUAUAGACUACAUGGUUCAGGGUCCAUACAAAAUAUUCCAAAUUGAUAUUGACAGCUUCUUACAGACUACUAUAGCUAGCUACAUUCAUAGACCACUACAUACACGGGCACUCUGGGCCGAAAUACAAGUGUUUUAAAAUGCUGGGUGGCUCCCCGUCCCUUGCCCUAGUAGAUCUGAUUUGAUUGACAGCUAGAGAUCCUAAGGAAAGGGAGCAUGUGAGAGUCCUGAUUUGUUUGGUCCAGUUGUAGACAAUGAAGAGGUGUGGGAGGUCAGACACGAAACGACACGCAAUGGCUGUCUACAGAAGCGUUUCAGUAGACUAUCCAUUAGUGUUUCCAUCAGACCUACACCCUGACAUGAAAGCAGAAGACAUUUAAAACAUGUAAUUGAUUCCAGUUACCCCAUCGCGGUAGCAGAGAGAUAGAGCGAGCUAGAGCGCGAGACUAGAUAGCUCGCUCAGCCGCCUAGUGCGCGCGAGCUAUUCUCUUCUCGCGCUCUAUAUCGUAGACUCAUCUAUCUUGUAUAUCGCUCGCUAUUCUACUCUAGCUCCUAUAUUCUCUCUCUCUCUCUCUAUCUCUCUCUCUCGUCUCUCUCUUCUCUCUCUCUCUCUCUCUCUCUCUCGUCUAGGCCAAGGUGUAUUUCAAAGACAAGACGUGAUAUAGCCUACCAAGUUAAAUAACAAGUGAACUACUGACUUUCUGCAUGCAUAUAGGAGAGGGACCUCAACUUGUACUGUACUGACUAAGAAGACAGAGGAUUGGUUGAAAUAAAUGGAUAAUAAGAUGAUAGUUGGAGCUGUAUUGUUAGAUUUCAGUGCACCCUUUAAUGUUAUUGAUCAUCAAUUGUUAUUGAAAAAAAACUCACUUGAUAUGGUUUUACAUCACCUGCCAUCACAUGGUUGGAGAGUUACUUAUCCAAUAGAACUCAGAGUGUUCUUCAAUGGAAGAUUCUCUAACAUCAGAUAUGUACAGUGCGGUGUCCCUCAGGGCAGUUGCCUUGGGCCGUUACUCUUCACUAUUUGUACAAAUGAUUUACCACUUGUCUUACAAGAAGCUGAAAUGACUAUGUAUAUGCUGAUGAUUGCCCACUGUACACAUCAGCACCUACAGCCAGUGAGCUCACCGAGACUCUUAGCAAGGAGUUACAGUCAGUGUCAGAAUGGGUCAUUAACAAUAAACUGGUCUUAAAUACAUCUAAAAAAAUCAAAAGCAUUGUAUUUGGUUCAAACCAUUCUCUUAGACCUAAACCUCAACUGGAGUUGUGACCAUUGAACAAGUUGAAGAGGCUGAAUUCCUAGGAGUAACAUUGGAUGGUCAGUUAUCAUGGUCAAGUCAUAUUGACCCAGUUUUUGUCUGGUAUAAAAAUAUGUUCUGCAUUUGACACAAAAAUCCAACUGUACUAGUUGUUCAGGCUCUGAUCUUGUCCCAUCCUGAUUACUGUCUGGUGAUGUGGCCAGGUGCAGCAAAGAAAGACCCUAGCAAAGCUGCAGCUGGCUCAAAACAGAGCAGCACGCAUUGCCCUUAACUGCACAUACAGAACUAACAUCAACAACAUGCAUGAUAGUCUUUUCUGGUUGAGGAGAAAUUGACUACUUCCCUUCUAGUCUUAAGAAAUAUGUGUAUGUUGAAAUUGCCUCACCAUUUGAAUAAUCUAUUUGCAUACACUUCAAAACAGACAGACAGACAUACAUACAUACAUACAUACAUACAUACAUACAUACAUACAUACAUAACAUACAGACAUACAUACAUACAGACAUACAUACAAGACAGACAUACAGACAUACAUACAUACAGACAUACAUACAACAUACAUGACAUACAUACAUACAUACAUACAUACAUACAUACAUACAUACAUACAUACAUACAUACAUACAUACAUACAUACAUACAUACAUACAUACAUACAUACAUACAUACACACACAGUGGGGAAAAAAAGUAUUUAGUCAGCCACCAAUUGUGCAAAUUCUCCCACUUAAAAAGAUGAGAGAGGCCUGUAAUUUUCAUCAUAGAUACACGUCAACUAUGACAGACAAAAUGAGAAAAAAAAAUCCAGAAAAUCACAUUGUAGGAUUUUUAAUGAAUUUAUUGGCAUAUGAUGGUGGAAAAUAAGUAUUUGGUCAAUAACAAAAGUUUCUCAAUACUUUGUUAUAUACCCUUUGUUGGCAAUGACACAGGUCAAACGUUUUCUGUAAGUCUUCACAAGGUUUUCACACACUGUUGCUGGUAUUUUGGCCCAUUCCUCCAUGCAGAUCUCCUCUAGAGCAGUGAUGUUUUGGGGCUGUCGCUGGGCAACACAGACUUUCAACUCCCUCCAAAGAUUUUCUAUGGGGUUGAGAUCUGGAGACUGGCUAGGCCACUCCAGGACCUUGAAAUGCUUCUUACGAAGCCACUCCUUCGUUGCCCGGGCGGUGUGUUUGGGAUCAUUGUCAUGCUGAAAGACCCAGCCACGUUUCAUCUUCAAUGCCCUUGCUGAUGGAAGGAGGGUUUCACUCAAAAUCUCACGAUACAUGGCCCCAUUCAUUCUUUCCUUUACACGGAUCAGUCGUCCUGGUCCCUUUGCAGAAAAACAGCCCCAAAGCAUGAUGUUUCCAACCCCAUGCUUCACAGUAGGUAUGGUGUUCUUUGGAUGCAACUCAGCAUUCUUUGUCCUCCAAACAUGACGAGUUGAGUUUUUACCAAAAAGUUAUAUUUUGGUUUCAUCUGACCAUAUGACAUUCUCCCAAUCCUCUUCUGGAUCAUCCAAAUGCACUUCAGACGGGCCUGGACAUGUACUGGCUUAAGCAGAAUGACACGUCUCGCACUGCAGGAUUUGAGUCCCUGGCGGCGUAGUGUGUUACUGAUGGUUGGCUUUGUUACUUUGGUCCCAGCUCUCUGCAGGUCAUUCACUAGGUCCCCCCGUGUGGUUCUGGGAUUUUUGCUCACCGUUCUUGUGAUCAUUUUGACCCCACGGGGUGAGAUCUUGCGUGGAGCCCCAGAUCGAGGGAGAUUAUCAGUGGUCUUGUAUGUCUUCCAUUUCCUAAUAAUUGCUCCCACAGUUGAUUUCUUCAAACCAAGCUGCUUACCUAUUGCAGAUUCAGUCUUCCCAGCCUGGUGCAGGUCUACAAUUUUGUUUUUGGUGUCCUUUGACAGCUCUUUGGUCUUGGCCAUUGUGAAGUUUGGAGUGUGACUGUUUGAGGUUGUGGACAGGUGUCUUUUAUACUGAUAACAAGUUCAAACAGGUGCCAUUAAUACAGGUAACGAGUGGAGGACAGAGGAGCCUCUUAAAGAAGAAGUUACAGGUCUGUGAGAGCCAGAAAUCUUGCUUGUUUGUAGGUGACCAAAUACUUAUUUUCCACCAUAAUUUGCAAAUAAAUUCAUUAAAAAUCCUACAAUGGGAUUUUCUGGAUUUUUUUUUCUCAAUUUGUCUGUCAUAGUUGACGUGUACCUAUGAUGAAAAUUACAGGCCUCUCUCAUCUUUUUAAGUGGGAGAACUUGCACAAUUGGUGGCUGACUAAAUACUUUUUUUCCCCACUGUACAUACCACACCAGACACACAACUAUGGGUUUCUUCCCUGUACCCAAACCAAAAACACACUUAAUGUGUCGCUCAGUUAUGUAUAGAGCCAUGUCAUCAUGGAAUGCUCUGCCACCGGAGGUUACUCAGGCAAAAAGCAAGUUUAGCUUUAAAAAACAGAUUUAAAAAAUAAAAAUAAAUAAACAUGGUAUCACAGCGCCUCUCCUCUUUCUAAAGAUCGAAUUCAACUGUAUAUAAGAAUAUGAAUAUAUGAAGUGUGUAAAUAGUAUUUCUGCUGUCUCUUGGCGUCUUUCAUACAGCUCCUUUUAUUUUAAAUGUAAUAUUUUAUAUUGUUCUAGUCUGUUAUGUGCUUUGAAAUAUAUUUGUAACUUUUACGUGGACCUCAGGAAGAGUAGCUGCUGCAUGUGCAGGGAGGGGGCAUGUGGGGAUCCUGAUAAAACUAAACCACCGGUGGCAUUUACAACGUCCCUCUACGCAGUAUCCUGCUUAUGGUAUUAUUUAAUAAACGCAGACUUCUCACUAACGCUAUAGAUAACCUACAUCAAAAGGCAACAGAGAGACUAAUUGGGCCUAGGUAUUAUAGCAAUACCACUACAGGUGGUGUGGGGCAGACCUAUUUAUUGGAUGCUUAUGACAGCUCCCCCAAAAAGCCCCAAGAAGUAUGAACGCUCUGACUUCUGCGGAGGCUGCAUCACAAUAAAUGCUGAAGUCGGAUUGACCAUGCAGAGACUUUACAGGUGAUAAUUCUGAGCCUCUCCCCCUGGCCUCCCCCUUCUCUCCCCUCCCUGUCUCCUCCUCCUCUCUCCUAGACACAAGACUGUCUACUGGUCUCCCCCCAGCCUCCCCUCCCCUGUCUCCUCCUCUUCUCUCCUGGACACAAGACUGUCUACUGGUCUCCCCCCAGCCUCCCCUCCCCGUCUCCUCCUCUUCUCUCCUGGACACAAGACUGUCUACUGGUCUCCCCCCAGCCUCCCCUCCCCUGUCUCCUCCUCCUCUCUCCUGGACACAAUACUGUCUACUGGCCUCCCCCUUCUCUCCCCUCCCCGUCUCCUCCUCUUCUCUCCUGGACACAAGACUGUCUACUGGUCUCCCCCCAGCCUCCCCUCCCCUGUCUCCUCCUCCUCUCUCCUGGACACAAGACUGUCUACUGGUCUCCCCCCAGCCUCCCCUCCCAGUCUCUCACUGUAAGAGGUUGUGGCCUUAAACACAGAGAGGCGUGAGAGAGAAAAUAUGUCACACUACUAGCUCUAAUUCUGCUGGACUUGGACCAUGACUGCAGAGAGUAUAGCAACACAUCUUCUGUCUGGGAGGCAGAGGGCACCACACACACACACACAGUACACACACACACACAGUACACACAGUACACACACACAGUACACACAAAAUGAAUUACAAUUAAAACAGUAAAAUACCCUAUUUGGAUAAGUGAACAUCGCCCUGAGUUAAUACUUGGUGGAACCACUUUUUGCUUGAAUUACAGCCGUGAGUCUCUUUGAAUACGUCUCUACUAACUUUGCACACCUAGACGGUGCAAUAUUUGCCCAUUGUUCCUUGCAGAAUUGUUCAAGCUCAGUCAAUUUGCAUGGUGAUCGCUCAUGGAUUACACUCUUCAAGUCAUUCCACAGAUUCUCUAUGGGAUUUAGGUCGGGGCUCUGACUAGGCCACUCAAGGACAUUCACCUUCUUGUCCUUCAGCCACUGUACGGUUGCUUUGGCGGUGUGCUUUGGGUCAUUGUCAUGUUGAAACGUGAACCAUCUUCCCAUUUUCAACUUCCUGGCAGAGGGCUGCAGGUUCUCCUCAAGAAUCUGUGGGUAUUUUGCACUGUCCAUUUUCCCUUCUAUCCUGACAGGUGCUCCAGUCCCUGCUGAAGGGAAACACCCCCACAACAGGAUGCUGCCACCGCCGUGCUUUACUGUAGUCACGGUGUUCUUUGGGUGGAAAGAUGUAUUAGGUUUUUGCCAGACAUAUCGUUUUGCCUUCAGGCCAAAAAGUAAAAAAAUCACUCAAAAAAAGCCACAUCAAGUCUCGUUUGAGCAUUGCCAAAAAGCACAUUGUAGAUUCCAAGGCCAAGUGGCAAAAGGUGCUUUGGUCAGAUGAGACUAAAAUUUUGCUUUUUGGCCAUCAAGGAAAACACUAUGUCUGGCGCAAACCCAACACCUCUCAUCACCCAGAGAACACCAUCCCCACAGUGCAGCAUGGUGGUGGCAGCAUCAUGCUGUGGGGAUGUGUUUCAUCGGCAGGGACUGGGAAACUGGUCAGAAUUGAAGGAAUGAUGGAUGACGCUAAAUACAGGGAAAUUCUUGAGGGAAACCUGUUUCAGUCUUCCAGAGAUUUGAGACUGGGACGGAGGUUCACCUUCCAGGAGGACAAUGACCCUAAGCAUACUGCUUAAGCAACACUUGAGUGGUUUAAGGGGAAACAUUUAAAUGUCUUGGAAUGGCCUAGUCAAAGCCCAGACCUCAAUCCAAUUGAGAAUCUGUGGUAUGACUUAAAGAUAGCUGUACACCAGCGGAACCCAUCCAACUUGAAGGAGCUGGAGCAGUUUUGCCUUGAAGAAUGGGCAAAAAUCCCAGUGGCUCGAUGUGCCAAGCUUAUAGAGACAUACCCCAAGAGACUUGCAGCUGUAAUUGCUGCAAAAGGUGGCUCUACAAAGUAUUGACAUUGGGGGGGGGGGGGGGGGUGAAUAGUUAUGCACGCUCAAGUUCUCUGUUUUUUUGUCUUAUUUCUUGUUUGUUUCACAAUUAAACAUAUUUUGCAUCUUCAAAGUGGUAGGCAUGUUGUGUAAAUCAAAUGAUACAUAAAUCGAACUUUUGGGGGUUGUAUGUCAUUUUAGGCGAAAAUUGAAAAAAAGGGUCAGAUCCUCCCGAGUGGCACAGCGGUCUAAAGGCACUGCAUCACAGUGUUGCGGCGUCAGUACAGCCUGGGGUUCGAUCCCUGCGUCAUCACCGGCCGUGACCGGGAGUCCCAUACGGCGGCGCACAAUUGGCCCGGCAUCGUCCGGGUUAGGGGAGGGUUUGGCCGGGGUGGCUUUACUUGGCUCAUCGCGCUCUAGCGACUCCUUGUGGCGGGCCAGGCGCCUGCAGGCUGACUUCGGUCAUCAGUUGAACAGUGUUUCCGUUCACAUUGGUGCAGCUGGCUUCCGGGUUAAGCGAGCGGGUGUUAAGAAGUGCGGUUCGGCGGGUCAUGUUUCGGAGGAUGCAUGACUCAAUCUUCACCCCUCCCGAUCCCCUCGGGGAGUUGCAGCGAUGAGAAAAGAUCGUAAUCACGGAAUUGGGGAGAAAAAGGGAGUAAAAAUUACAACAACAACAAAAAAAAAUACACCACAUCAGGAGACCAUUUUUUAGGUCUGGGAAAAAGUUGAGAAAUUUUGAUUUUUGAGUGUAGUCACUGUUUAAUUGAAGUGCGUACCUAGCAAGAGGCUGUUUUUUAGCGGUGCUUUUGUAACACAAAUCAAUUCUAAAAGCGUUAACAAGAGCAAGGUAUUGUGUUUAAUUUGAAAACAGCUUAACAUUUUGUAAAAGCAGAAUAUUUCGGUAAUCCAGCACUGAAAAAGUAUUUGAUAUACUAUUUUUAUUGGACCAAAUAAUCAACUCCUUCACUCAAUAGUUCUCUAAAAUAUAUCUGUAUGCAAAUCCAUCAAUGCACCUGUAUAAUCCUUCAGCAAAUGGUAGAGUCCGCCAAAAAUACAGUGCCUUCAAAAAGUAUUCACGCCAUUUAACUUUUUCCACAUUUUUGUUGUGUUACAGUCAAUUUGAAAUGGAUUAAAUUUAGAUUUUACACACAAUACUCCCUAAUGUCAAAGUGUAAUUUUGUUUUUAGAAAAUUUGACAAAUAUAUUACAAAUGAAAGGAUGAGAUGUCUUGAGUCAAUAAGUAUUCAACACCUUUGUUAUUGCAAGCCUAAAUAUGUUCAGGAGUAGAAUUGUGCUUAACAAGUCACAUAAUAAGUUGCAUGGACUUACUCGGUUUGCAAUAAUAGAGUUUAACAUGUUUUUUUUGUACCCCACACAACUAUCUGUACGGUCCCUCAGUCGAGCAGUGAAUUUCAAACACAGAUUCAACCACAAAGACCAGGGAGGUUUUCCAAUGCCUCGUAAAGAAGGGCAGAUAUUGAAUAUCCCUUUGAGCAUGGUGAAGUUAUUAAUUACACUAUGGAUGGUGUAUCAAUCCACCCAGUCACUACAAAGAUACAGACGUCCUCCUAUCUCAGUUGCCGGAGAGGAAGGAAACCACUCAGGGAUUUCACCAUGAUGCCAAUGGUGAAAUUAAAACAGUUACAGAGUUCAAUGGCUGUGUGACAGGAGAAAACUGAGGAUGGAUCAACAACAUUGCAGUUAGUCCACAAUACUAACCUAAUUGACAGAGUGAAAAGAAGGAAGCCUGUACAGAAUAAAAAUAUUCCAAAACAUGCAUCAUGCAAAACAAGGCACUAAAGUAAUCCUGCAAGAAAUGUGGCAAAACAAUUAACUUUUUGUCCUGAAUACAAAGUAUUAUGUUUAGGGCAAAUCCAAUAUAACACAUUACUGAGUACCACUCUCCAAAUCGUCAAGCAUAGUGGUGGCUUCAUCAGGUUAUGGGUAUGCUUGUAAUCGUUAAGGACUGGGGAGUUUUUCACCAAAGAAAUGAAUAACGAAAUGAAGCUAAGCACAAAAUCCUAGAGGAAAACCUGCUUCGGUCUGCUUUCCACCAGACACUGGGAGAUGAAUUCACCUUUCAGCAGGACAAUAACUUAAAACACAAGGCAAAAUAUACACUGGAGUUGCUUACCAAGACAACAUUGAAUGUUCCUGAGUGGCCUAGUUACAGUUUUGACAUAAAUCUACUUGAAAAUCUAUGGAAAGACAUGAAAAUGGCUGUCUAGCAAUGAUCAACAACAAGAGUGUGCAAAGAUGUCAUCAAGUCGCUUUGGAUAAAAGCGUCUGCUAAAUGGCAUAUUAUUAUUAUUUAUUAUUAUCAAGGCAAAGGGUGGCUAUUUGAAGAAUCUCAAAUAUAAAAUAUAUUUUGAUUUGUUUAACACUUUUUUGGUUACUACAUGAUUCCAUAUGUGUAAUUUCAUAGUUUUGAUGUAUUCACUAUUAUUCUACAAUGUAAAAUAUAGCUUGACUUUGUUGUCCUUAAUUCAUUUUGCCACAACUUUGGAAGUAUGCUUGGGGUCAUUGUCCAUUUGGAAGACCCAUUUGCGACCAAGAUUUAACUUCCUGACUGAUGUCUUGAGAUGUUGCUUCAAUAUAUCCACAUCAUUUUCCUUCCUCAUGAUGCCAUCUAUUUUGUGAAGUGCACCAGUCCCUCCUGCAGCAAAGCACCCCCACAGCAUGAUGCUGCCACCCCCCGUGCUUCACAGUUGGGAUGGUGUUCUUCGGCUUGCAAGCGACCCCCUUUUUCCUCCAAACAUAACGAUGGUCAUUAUGGCCAAACAGUUCUAUUUUGUUUCAUCAGACCAGAGGACAUUUCUCCAAAAAGUACGAUCUUUGUCCCCAUGUGCAGUUGCAAACCGUAGUCUGGCUUUUUUAUGGCGGUUUUGGAGCAGUGGCUUCUUCCUUGCUGAGCCGCCUUUCAGGUUAUGUCGAUAUAGGACUUGUUUUACUGUGGAUAUAGAUACUUUUGUACCUGUUUCCUCCAGCAUCUUCACAAGGUCCUUUGCUGUUGUUCUGGGAUUGAUUUGCACUUUUCACACCAAAGUAAGUUCAUCUCUAGGAGACAGAACGCGUCUCCUUCCUGAGCGGUAUGACGGCUGCGUGGUCCCAUGGAGUUUAUACUUGCGUACUAUUGUUGUACAGAUGAACGUGGUACCUUCAGGCAUUUGAAAAUUGCUCCCAAUGAUGAACCAGACUUGUGGAGGUCUACAAUUGUCUUUCUGAGGUCUUGGCUGAUUUUUUUUAUUUUCCCAUGAUGUCAAGCAGAGGCACUGAGUUUGAAGGUAGGCCUUAAAAUACAUCCACAGGUACACCUCCAAUUGACUCAAAUGAUGUCAAUUAGCCUACCAGAAGCUUCUAAAGCCAUGACAUCAUUUUCUGGAAUUUCCCAAGCUGUUUAAAGGCACAGUCAACUUAGUGUAUGUAAACUUCUGACCCACUGGAAUUGUGAUACAGUGAAUUAUAAGUGAAAUAAUCUGUCUGUAAACAAUUGUUGGAAAGAUUACUUGUGUCAUGCACAAAGUAGAUGUCCUAACCGACUUGCCAAAACUAUAGUUUGUUAACAAGAAAUGUGUGGAGUGGUUGAAAAAUGAGUUUUAAUGACUCCAACCUAAGUGUAUGUAAACUUCCGACUUCAACUGUAUAUGGAUGAUUUAUAAAGUCACAUUUAACAGUUAUUGAUUAUAGACCUAAUUAAGUUCCCGUUUACUCUCUCCUCACUUUUCUUAGACAAUUAAGGCAAGUGCUGUUGUCUCGUCUCCUCACUCCGCUGCUGCCUCCUCCACAUUGUUCUCAACACCAAUAUGCUGGUUGACUUUGCUAUUAUGCGCAUAGCCACAUGGUCCAGUAAAAGGCCGCGGACAGCGACCGAUACCCAACGCGGGAGAAAGCGCAUUUGUUUUAAAAUAAUAUUAUGUUUAUUUGUGUUGCACCAUUGUUCUUUCGUAAUAUAACCAUAUACAAUUUCAGUGGCGCAAAAGUGAUGGACAGUGACAUCUCCACGGCCUCCGCAAUGGACUAGUCCAUUCAGACAGGCGCCAACCAGACAAGUGUCUUGUGCACCAAUAAUUUCGUUUGCGACUGCUCGACUAAAGAAUUCUCGGUCGACCAACAGCCUAUCGGCCAAACAACUGACCAGUCGGGUGAGCCCUACUCGAUAUAUUUUUUAACUCUGUUCAAUUCCUGUUUUAAUGUCUGUAUAAAGUGAUUCCUUUCGCGUUCUCCGCACCACGGAUUUUAUACGUAUAGAAUCGUGAGAAUCGCAAAACACAUAUCGUAUCAGCGGCUAAGUAUCAUGAUAAUAUGUUAUGGUCCCGGUUGCCCUAUUGAUCAGCCAGGGCCACAGAUGUUUCUCUCCCACAGAGUAAACAAAGCUGUUGUCAUCACUGCACACACACACACACACACAUCUCGGGGACAACGGUCAGUAAACACAGUAUUCUCAUGGGUCUUAGAGGGCCUAAAAUAGAAGGACACAUCUGUCUCUGAUCCACUUUGUCAACAGACAAAUAUUUGCUCAAAAACACAGUUUGUCUCCCAGGCGAAUAACUUGAACUUUAGAAUGUUAAAAGAACAAAUUGGACAUACAUUUGUUCACUGUGUUGAUGUUAACAGGACAGCAGUAUUCACACUGUUACCAACAUCGACUGAGAAACAUAUUGAUGUCUUGUAUUGACCUGAGGUCAAGAGCUAAGGUGAUACUGAUGACACCACACAAUCAUGAGCAACAUCGGACAUAAACAUGAACACAGGGUAGGCUAUAUGUCAUUCAAUAAUCACAAAAUGGACUCCAAAGAAGCCUGGCAAACAGGGCGACUUACAGUCAUGCGUGCAUACAUUUUAGUGUAUGGGUGGUCAGGCUGAGGGUCUGGGUUAUAAGGCUGAGGGUCUGGGUUAUAAGGCUGGGGGUCUGGGUUAUAAGGCUGAGGGUCUGGGUUAUAAGGCUGGGGGUCUGGGUUAUAAGGCUGAGGGUCUGGGUUAUAAGGCUGGGGGUCUGGGUUAUAAGGCUGAGGGUCUGGGUUAUAAUGCUGAGGGUCUGGGUUAUAAGGCUGGGGGUCUGGGUUAUAAGGCUGGGGGUCUGGGUUAUAAGGCUGGGGGUCUGGGUUAUAAGGCUGAGGGUCUGGGUUAUAAGGCUGGGGGUCUGGGUUAUAAGGCUGGGGGUCUGGGUUAUAAGGCUGAGGGUCUGGGUUAUAAGGCUGAGGGUCUGGGUUAUAAGGCUGGGGGUCUGGGUUAUAAGGCUGAGGGUCUGGGUUAUAAGGCUGGGGGUCUGGGUUAUAAGGCUGAGGGUCUGGGUUAUAAGGCUGAGGGUUAUAAGGCUGAGGGUCUGGGUUAUAAGGCUGAGGGUCUGGGUUAUAAGGCUGAGGGUCUGGGUUAUAAGGCUGGGGGUCUGGGUUAUAAGGCUGAGGGUCUGGGUUAUAAGGCUGAGGGUCUGGGUUAUAAGGCUGAGGGUCUGGGUUAUAAGGCUGAGGGUCUGGGUUAUAAGGCUGAGGGUCUGGGUUAUAAGGCUGAGGGUCUGGGUUAUACUUUCCCAACAACGCAGAGUUAA